AUGAAUGUUGAAUUAAUAAACAAGAGUAUUCACAUGGGAAACUACAGCUGGCCAAAAAUACCUGCAUCCAAACAUUUUUCAACUAAAAAUGGCUUUUCAACAGAAGUGAAAAAUGAAAGACUCCAGAGAGAAAACGAUGAACUCCAAGGAGAACUGAGAAGAAUCGAGACAGAAAAAGAUGAACUCCAAGGAGAACUGAAUUGGAGAAGGGCUCGAACUUAUGCAGAUGACAUCACUCUUAAUCCAGGCACAGCCCACCCCAACCUCUCCAUUGCUGGGGAUCAUAAGAGUUUGAAACAUGAAGCCCAACCUCAAAAAGUUCCAGCAAGUCCAGAGAGGUUCGAUUCAACCGUCUGUGUGCUGGGCUCUGAAGGAUUCUCCUCUGGAAAGCACUACUGGGAGGUGGAUGUUGUGAGCAGCUCUGACUGGGACCUGGGAGUGGCCAGAAAAUCCAUACAGAGAAAAGGAAAACUUUCCUUGUCCCCUAUAGAGGGAUUCUGGGCUCUGGGUUUCAGUGGGAGAGAUUACUGGGCAAAAACAGAUCCAUGGACCCGCAUCAUGGUGCAGAAAAAGCCCAAGAAAAUUGGAGUUUACCUUAGUUACCAAGAAAUGCAGGUGACCUUUUUGAAUGUAACUGACAUGUCUGUGUUGUUCACAUUUAAUGAUUGUUCAUUCUCAGGAGAUGUUUAUCCAUUCUUUAAAAAUUCCCACAAAGAAACAUCAAUGAGAAUUUGUUCUAUAAGAGAAGAUGAAUGAGCUUAAAGUGGCACUGCCACUCCUUUAUCCCUAU